CGAAACUAAAUCCAGUCGUCCACACUCCAUGCAGUGAGCAAACAGGCUGGUAGUCAAGCACAGCAACAAGAUCUUUCCGACUUCUACUCAUCCCCAUUUAAUCCUGAAAUGCCACACGUGAAUAGACACUGUGAUGUUUUUUCUACUUGUUAAUGUCUCUUUUCUCCUGAUCCCCCCUGUCCUUGCCCCCUGGGCCUGUGCCCGUUCCUGCCCUGCUCGCUGCACCUGUACCCAGGAGCGGAGCUGCACUGUGCUGUGUGACCGCUCCAGCCUUGUUGACCUCCCCAAGGAGUUCCCCUGUGAGGCUGUGUCCAUCAACCUGGACAAGAACAUCAAAUUUCUGUCUGAGAGGGCCUUCGGUAACCUGCCUUCACUACGCUACCUGUCGCUAGACCACAACAACAUCUCCUUCAUCACGCCGGGGGCCUUCAAGGGUCUGCCCAACCUGGUGGAGCUCAAGAUGGCUCACAAUGAGUACAUCCGCUACCUGCACACCCGGACCUUCACCGCCCUCAAGCAUCUGGUCAAGCUGGACCUCUCCGACAGCAACCUCUUCAACAUGCCCGACUGCAUCUUCCUGGAACAGGUUGCCCUCAGGGAGCUCCUCUGCUUCCAGAACAACUUUCGCUGGAUCCCAGGGGCCAUCCGAGGCAUGGAGAAUCUGACACACUUCUACCUGGAGCGCAACAGGAUUGAGGCCGUGGCCUACAACUCCCUGCAGGACCUGAGCAACCUCAAGUACGUGAACCUGCAGGAAAACCACAUCAACGUCAUCCACGACCAGGCUUUCCAGGACUGCCGGUGGAUCGAGUACUUCUACCUGAACGACAACCUGUUGAGUGACCUGCCCCGGCACUCAUUCAAAGGUCUGAGGUAUCUGAAGAAGCUCAACCUGGGCGGCAACCUCUUCACCAACGUCUCCAACACCUGGUUCAGUGACAUAACAGAGCUGGAGGUGCUCUGCUUGGACAGGAACCAGCUCAUCUUCAUUGAGGAGGGAGCCUUUGAGAACCUGACCAGCCUUAUCUCCCUCCACCUCAACAGUAACAACCUGACCUCCCUGCCCUUUUUCGUCUUCCAGCCCAUCUACUUCCUGGGACGGCUCUACCUCUUUCGUAAUCCCUGGGAGUGUGAUUGCACCAUGGAGUGGCUCAAGGAGUGGAUGGAGAACUACAAGCUGGUCAGGGACAUUCCCUGUGCCUCUCCUCCCUUGGUAGCUGGGUUGGACCUCAGUGUGGUGGUCUUCACCAAGUCCUUGGAUGGUUUUUGCCUGGACCCAGCCGAGCUCAAGGUGACCUCCUUCACACCGAUGUCCACAGAGGGCCUGCACUACACCACAGAGAACAAGUUCAGCAAUGUCAUCUCCAAGCUCUUGCAACAAGAACUCAGAGAGCCUGGUAACUCCACCGAGACCUUCAGGAAUGUGUCACUGCUGGAUGGAAUAGAUGAUAAAGUGUCUGCUGGAGUCUUGCACUUCCAGACAAUGUGCUGCUGCAGGCUGUCCUGCCCUGUUUAGCUCUCUGUCUCCUCAAUCAGUGAUGUUAUGGUUGCUUUCCUGAUUGUAUGUAUCCUUAUAUGUUGAACUGUGCCAUCUUACAAACACCCCGCAGUUCAUUGCUGGAGAUCUGGCAGCACAAUGGGAAGGCAACUUUGUUUGGACCUGGCUGUUUUCUGAUGUAUCAUGUGCACCUUCCCUGCUUGCGGAUGGUAUGUUACUGAUAAAGCACACUGAUCCUUUUGAAAACUAUUGUAACUUCAUGCAUCAAUCUGUGUAAGACUGGGGGUUAGAUGCAGAAGGUCUUGCAGAUUUAGGCAGUUUAUCUGCAGCUGUUAGGUGCUGGAAAGGAAAACUACAAAAAACUGGCUGGAUGUUAAAGCCAACAAAAGUUUGUUCUGAAGCCUGAAAACUUACAAUUACGUUUGUUUAAGAAUUAAUUUGACCCGAGUGGUGCAUCCGAUAAAGGCGCUCCGCGUGGAGUACAGGAUGUGCCCUAUAGCCUGGAGAUCGCCAGUUCGAGUCCAGGUUAUUCCACUGCCGACCGUGGACGGGAGCUCCCAGGGGGCGGCACACAAUUGGCUGAACGCCACCCAGCGGGGUGGACUUAGGUCGGCCAGGGUGUUCUCGGCUCACCGCGCACCAGCGACCCCUGUAGACUGGCCGGACGCCUGCAGGCUUGCUUGUAAGCUGCCCAGAGCUGUGUUGUCCUCUGACGCUGUAGCCCUGGGUUGGCUGCAUGACGGACCUGAAGAGUGCAAAGAAGCGGUCGGCUGACGGCACACGCUUUGGAGGACAGCGUGUAUUCAACAUUACCUCUCCCGAGUCAGCGCAAGGGUGGUAGCGGUGAGCUGAGCCUAAAAAUACAUUUGAGAUUGGGAGAAAAACUGGGUAAAAUCAACUGGCAGUUACUAAAUUUAAAAAAAGAAAAAAAAAAAAAAUGUAUUGAAUUGGAUUCGGAUACACUACUUCAUCAAGCAAGGGACAUAUCCCCUGAAAAUAUAAGAAAUUAAUUAAAAGUGUUUAAUGGAUGAACACUUAAAAAUAUGACUUUAAAUAAGACCUUAUCUGACUUACAGACUAUACAAUUGAAUGUGCUUUGCAUAAGGUGUAAUAUAUAAUGAAGUUUUUAAAUAAUGCUAGACACAAUAUCCUAGUUAAAUAAGAAAGUGCCGUUCCUGUAUGUGAUUAGUGUAGGAUUCUGACAUAUUCAAUCAGGCAACCUUUUUUAAGUGCCGCAAAAACGUUUGCUUUAGCAGGUUCCUUCAUCUACCAUACAGACAAUAUGUCCUGUUUUGUUAAUUCAAUUCAAUGACUUUGGAUUUCCAAGCAAUUCAUAAAUGCAUUAAUCUUCUUUAAAUGUAAGGUUGAUCUGCUUUACACAGAGCUGCUCUAAAAGCCCUUCCCUCACUUAAACAAAUGGAGUAGAUUUAGCAUUGUGUUUCUUUCAGUUAUGGAAAUAGCUAGGAUUGAUACGAUCUUUCUCCUCUUGAAGUUUAGCACAGAACACAAAGGAAUUACGGGGACAAUUAUGGUUCGUUGUGUAUCUGUUUUUUUUAAGGCUGGAUGCAUGUAAAAGGAAAACUUGCACGUAAGAUUUAAAACUAUGUUAUUUCUUUCAUGCCUGUUUUUAGCUAAGUAGAUUUAAAUUAAUCUUGCACUUUAUAUAGCGAACAGACCCGGCCAUUUUGUUUGGUUUGCAGAAUCAUCAGAUGUUUACCACGUUAUGUAGACUUUAUAGACGCAUUGUUUUUGUAUGUGCCAUAUUUGUUGUUUAAUGUUAUUCACUCAAAUAAACAGAGAAAUAAGCCAAUUACAGAUUUUUUGUUAACCUUCUUUGGUUGUAUGUUAUGAAAUACAUAUGCAAACGUUAAAGAAAGACUGAUUUAACGCGUUAGUCUGUUUCAAUGGAUUAAAACUCAACUUGUA